AUGAAUAAUAAUUAUUUUAAUAAUGAAGCUCCUCCUGAUAAUAUAAAUAAUCUGAGUUAUGAUGAAGGACUAGAACAGCAGUACAAUUUUACAGAUAAUGAAGAAGAGAUAUUUUCAUCUUUUUUUUCCGACAGUAAGAAAAACAUAUGCCUUCCAAAAAGUUUAAGAGAGCACAUGCUCAUUGAGUAUACAGCCAUGUUUGUUAACAUUGAAGGUGAUAUUGCUGAAUUUUAUUUAAAAUUAGAUAACGAUGUAUUAAUAAAAUUUCCGUUCUUACAUGUAGAUCAUCCGUUACAUAGAUAUUACGAAUUUGUUAAGUUAAAUGCGAAGAAAAGGUUGAUAACAAAAUAUCCUAAAAUUAUUCCCAGUCCUUUAAAAGACCUAUUUCAAUAUGUUACUGAUUUAGAAAAUACAAAAGAUAUCAAUAAUGAAAUUAAAAGCAAAAAAUUAAAAGAAAAACAAAUUGAACAUGUAAAAAAUAAAAAAGGAAAUAAACAAAUAUUAAUGAAGCAAAAAGACAACCAGUCUUAUUCUUCACUUUUUAUGAGAUAUAUGCAAUCUGAUGAUGAAAAGAGUAACUCAACAAUAGAAAAUGAUAAUAACGAAGAACAUAAUGAAGAUACACUUAGCAAUGAAAGU